AUGAAAAUGACGACGAGGGAGGAGGAGCUCGAAAGAGAAGCCAUCGCUACGGAAUUCCCCGGUCCGAAUGACAUUCCACCGCCAGCGGAGGAUCAACUUACUGAAGAGGAUCUUUUCCGUAUGAGAAGCCUUACGAUUAAUUCAAAAAAAGGAUUAGGAGGAGUAAGUGAGACUGCGGAGCAAUCCAUCAUAUCGUUGGCCGAUUCGGCAUCAAACUUUGAUGAACAUGUGACUGGAGAUCAAGAUGUCGAUGAAUUCGACUAUGACAUCGAUAAUUCUUCGAAGAACUCGGCUGAAAUGCCCCUGGACAAUCAAUGUGUUGCUGUGAACGGAUGGCUUUUCGGGAGGAAAAGAAACCCUGACUUUGCUUUCAACAAAGCCACGGUUACUGUUCUAAGAUGGCCAAAGAACAUUGCGGUUCCAGAAUGCCCAGUUCCUGUUAGCAAGGAACAGUGGACAAAAGCUUUCCUUGAAUCGACAGUUUAUUUAAUUGGUACCGCUCACUUCAGCAAAGAAUCACAAGACGACGUCACCGAGACGGUUAAGCAUGUUCAACCCGAUUAUGUAAUGAUUGAACUUUGCCCGGCGAGAAUCUCCAUCAUUUCUAUGGAUGAGAAUACUCUUCUAAACGAAUCGAGAAAUCUCAACUCCCAGAAAAUUAUGCAAACCAUUAAGCAAAACGGAGCGAUUCAAGGAAUCUUGCAUGUACUUCUUCUCUCUAUGUCGGCUCAUGUGACUCGCGAGCUUUCGAUGGCUCCUGGUGGUGAAUUCCGCGCUGCGCAUAGAUCAGCAGCUCAAACUCAACUCUGCCGUGUUGUUCUUGGAGAUCGUCCAAUUCAAAUAACGCUACAGCGUGCGUUGGCGUCUCUUAGCAUGUGGCAAAAGUUGAAAUUCUUUAUACAUGUCGCAUUUUCUCAUCGACAAACCAUCACUAAAGAUGAGGUCGAGAGAUGUAAACAAAAAGAUCUCCUUGAGCAGCUUCUUACAGAAAUGGCCGACGAUUUCCCACAACUAAGCCACAUUUUUGUUGAGGAACGCGAUGCUUAUAUGACCCAUGUACUUCAUACACUAUUGCAUAGAAAUGCAGUUGAGAAAUUCAUCACAUGGCAAGCAUCGAACACUGGAAAGCCAUUCCAACCAUUGGCUGUCGUUGCCGUUGUUGGAAUUGGCCACACUCCAGGAAUCAUAAACAAGUGGAACGACCCAGUCGACAUAUCGGAUUUGAUUCUCAUUCCACAGCCAUCUCUCACUUCAAGAAUUCUUAAUAUAGCCGCUCGUGCCGCGUUCUGGGGAUCAGUCGGCUAUUUGCUCUACCGCGGUGGAACCAGAAUUGCUCGCCGCUUCGCAUAA